CCAAGAGACACAUACACAUGUUAUAAAUUGAAACAUAAAAAAACACAUUCAUUCUGUGUCACAUUGUCAGUUCUCAGCCAAUGGUUUUUCAGAAACAACCUCAUGCAAAUACUAAAGGAAUGCAAUUCUUAUAAUUCUGCAAAAUGAAACAUUAUAUUUAUUUAUUAGCGUUUAUAUAUUUGAAAAAUGGAGUCCAAUCAGAUAUAUCACAAAGCAUGGAGUUGAUCAAUACCCUAAACCAGAAAAUAUACGAAUUGAGGAUGAAGCAAAUGAAAGAAAUCAUAACUCCACAUUUCCGAUCAAAAUUCGGACAUUUCUAUGAAAACAAUUACCAUUGGCACUUUGCUUCUGGAGUUUCUCUAUUCCAUCUCGAAUUUAUGUUGUUGGACAAUGAUUUUCAUUCCUUACUCGAAAUAGACAAAUUGAAUUUCACAACACCAAUCGAUAAAAUCAUUGGAGGUCAUGAUCGAAUAAGUAUAGCUAAGCUGGUCGAAUAUGAGAACCAAGCAGUGAUGAUGCUUACUGUGAAUAGAAAGCAAGUAAGAAUUAUAAAAUUCGUCAAAACAGAUGACGAUCAAUUUGUUUACCGUGAAAUACAAUACCUAGAACAUGUAAUGAUUUCGGACGCUGACUUGUUCAGAAUUCAAAACAAAUUAUACAUGAUAGUCGCUAAUGAUAAGGGCAGUAAUUUUGUUCCAGUAAGCUUAUAUGAAUGGACUGGAGAUAAUUUUUAUGAGAUACAUGUUCUAUACACUAGAGGUAUUCCACAAAUUCAUGUUUUCGAAGAGGAUGGCAGAGCAAUAAUCUUGAUGUUACACAAAAGAAAAAAAUUGAUUACUGUCUGCGAUGUUUACACAUUGGAGGAUCAAAGACUGACCAAAAUACAAGAACUACAAUUGGAGGGACCUAGGCAUAUUAUACCUUACCAAAUAAGAGAUGAAUACUAUGUAUUAGUUUUAAGUGGUUGGGAUAGACAUUUAUAUUUAUGGACAGGAAGUCAACUAAAACAAAUUUCAUCAGAAUCAACUCUACAUAGCAAUGAUUAUCAAAAACUCAAAUUAUCGCACAUCAACAAUUCAACUAUUCUUUUCGCUAGCAAAUUUCACAAAUUAGACAUAUUCAUAAUGUCUACUCAAGGAGCAAUACAUUUAGCAUCGCAAGAGUACCUGCAUAGAUACUCUGCAAUAUUGAGUUUGGAUCACGUAAAAAUGAACAAAACAGAUUACAUAUUCGUUGUAGGAAAUGUGGGUGUUACAGGAGAGAUAGAAUAUUUUGACAUUGAAUUGAUUCAGGCACCAGAGACAGAUCAACCAGUACCACCAAUCGAUCCUCUAGCCAUUUGUUUGAAGUACCUAAGAGACAAUCUAGCACCUGAACAGCCCGAUCCCUUGGUUAAGCAUGGUAUACCUGCUCUGCGUACAAGGGGUUCAUCGUCACUUAUGGCAUCUUACCUAUCAGGAUCUGGUGAGGACAUGCAGAAUGUAUGGUUUGAAGAAAAGAUCGAAGAUAUCAACGAUAGAUUCAGUUCUAUAUCACAGAUAGCAAAAGAGUUCAAAGUAGACUUGGAUGAAAUGCAAAUAAAUGGAGAUGUAGUUGUUGAAGGAGAGCUCAGAGGAACUGAACUUUUCGCUGAAAGCAUACAGGUGGAGACAGUGAACAACCAGAGGUGGUCACCAAACCAAUGGCUAUCUUAUACCAAAAAUCAAACCAUCUCCGGUGGAAAGGAUGCAAAGGAUCUGAGGGUGAAAGAGUUGAUAACCCUCACAGAUAUAGAUCUUUUGAAAGAUUUACUGUUGAACAACAGUGACGUCAGAAUUGAAGGUAUCUUCACUAUCGACAAUCUAGUGACGAAAAGUUUGUUGGUGGGUCAAAUCAACAACAUCAAAAUGGAGGAUAUCUUCAUGAAAGGAAGAGAUACAAAAGUGAACUCCAGCGUUGGUAUAGAUCCUAACGCUAUGGAAGGAGGCAUGGGUCAGAACAGCUCAGAAAUUGAAGGAUUUGCUCCACACGUUUUUAUAGACGAUUUACAGGUUGAGUUCAUAGAUGGGGUAAAUUGGAAAGCAUUUGUAGAUUCAGUUUUUCUUCAUGGAGUCACCAAAGAAAUUGAAGGGAAUAUCAAGAUGAAAGCAUUCCAUGCAAAAAAGCUAUACGUUUCGACUUUGAAUGGAAUUGAUGUUAACAACUUUAUGACCAAGACAACACCUCAAACUGUGAAUACUUCUCUUGAUAUCAAGGAGAUCAAUAUGCAUUCGAAUUUGAUUGUUAAUAUUCUAAAUGGAUUGGCCCCAUCGGAGGAAAUAGCUACUAUCCAUAGUCCCACAUUGAAAGGUCCUGUCUCUUUUGAAACUGUCCAUAUAAUUGGUAAUCUCAUAGCCAAUUACACCAAACCUACUGAUAAAGAACAACAUAUAGUUGGUACAAAAGAAUCCGACUUCCUGCAGGUUUAUCGUAACAAAAUUAAGAUAAAGGGCAACCUCAGACUCAAAAAUUUACGAACAUUAGAAUCCCUUAUGAUAACUGUUGGUAAAAAUAGUGAGCCAUUCAAUCUGAAUGUUAUAAAUAAGUACUGGAUGAAGAGCGUCAAUCAGGUUAUUCCUGUGCAUGUAGAAGUCGGAGGUGGUGUCAGUGCUCCUCAUUUGCAAACAGAGCUCCUAAACGGAAUCAAAGUAUCCAAGUUACUAUUGACUGAUUCCUUGAAUGCUCCAUCAGACUUUGCUUUCGAAAACGUUACGUUUCUUGGAAAUGUCUAUCUGGAUGAUAGCAAAUCUCACAGUCCAGAUUUGAAACGUAUAAAUGAAGAAGCUGUGGGAAUGAAUGGUACUUUCAUCAUCAAAGGAAAGAAAAUAUUCAAGGAUAUAGUGAAGAUCAACAAUUUGAUAGCAGACAAACUAAACGGCGUUGAAAAAAAUAAUUUUAUUACGAAGAACGCACCUGCCUCUUUCACAGGAUACAAAAUUUUCGAGAACCUUGUGAUCAACGGAAACUUGAGAGCUGAAAACUUCAAUUUCGAUGAACUCAAUGGUUUCAAUAUAGAAAAAUUGAGAAAUGACGCUAUUUAUAUCGACAGGCCUCAAACUAUGCAAAAUAUUACUUUCACCAAUAUUUCUGCUGACAACUUGAACGUGGAAACUUUGAAUGGCAUCCCCAUAAAUGAAUAUGCAACAGAAGUCGAUGAUAUGUUGAACAGCAAUGUGAUUGACAGCCUAAUUAUCAAUGGAAAACUUGCCAUUGGAAAUUUGUUGGGUCUGUCAAAAAUAAAUGAUAAACAUCCUGAUGUCCUGUUCAAGAACAGGCUGAGAUUGGAUGACCAGGGUGUAUUACAUGGCAAUGUCAGGUUUCUAGAAAAUGUAACAAUCGAUAACCUGUCGGCAACAUUCGUAAAUGGUAUCGAUUUACCACAAUUGUUGAAAAGGAUAUUAUUCAAGAGCGGAAAUCAGAGUAUACCAGCAAAAUAUACCUUCGAAAGUAUUAAAACUAAAAACCUACUGACUCCAAAAAUAAACAAAAUGGAGAUCGAUCCUUUGGUUGACAUAAAAGGUGAAGAAGUUCAGCAAAUUAUAGCCUUCAAAGGGAUAGAAUUCCACGACAGCAACCUCAACAAACUCUCUGCUGAAAAUAUAAUGCCCUGUGAUUUAGCUGCUGCAUUAAAAGCAAUUAAAAGCCCGCCAUCUCAAACAUUUUCUACCAUAAAAACCUUCGGAAACGUCAUAUUUGAGGACAAGGAACAUCCUCUUUACAAUAUUUUAGAGAAUGCCGUCUUACUCAAUCAGAAAAACAUCAUUCAAGCACCGGUCCACUUUAAGAAUGUAUUCGCACAAAAUGUCGACACAAAUCAAUAUAUAAAUGGCGUCAAUCUUACUCAUAUAUUUACUGACGCUUUAUUGAAAAAAAUUGGAAAUAAACAGGUCAUAUCUGGUUUGAACGUUAUAACACGCCUUGCUGUGUACUCCGCUACUGUUCUUAACAAUUCUGACAUCACUAUGGUGAACGGAGUUGAUUUUCCUGAUAUUUUCGAUAGAGUUAUACCUAAAGGAGCAAUCGAUAUAAUGCCUAUAAGAGGAAAGAAGACCUUCUUUGCUGGUUUACAGACUGAGACUAUAAGGACUGCGAAAAUAUCUAACAUUACCCCAGAGCAGUUAGUGACAACUGACAAUUUGAAAAAUAUCUCAGCGGCAACAUUCGAAAGUGUUGAAAUGAAAAAUCUGUCGAUUGAAAGCAUCAAUGAUCAAGAUUUCCAUAAUUUCAUGAAUGAGAGAGUUUUACUUGUUGGUCCUCCAAUACAAGAACUUCAAGGUUUAUAUUCAUUUUACGAUGUCCACAUUGGAGGAAAUGUCGAAGUUCCUUCAAUAAACAACGUAGAUCUAAAUGAUAUUGUUGUGGAUGUCCACAAUCUGAAUAUCCAGUGUAAAAAAACAUUCGCAAACGACCUGUAUAUCCAUGGCAAUGUGGAUAUAGAACUGCUGAACGAGCAUUUCAUAUCGGAUAUAUAUGAAAAAGCAUUUUUACGUAAUGAAAAGAGCUUUAUAAAUAAAAAUGUGAAAAUAACGAAACCCAGCGUUGUUAAUGGAACAAUCAUUACCGAAUCCAUAAAUGGAUACCCUCUGGAAAAGGUGAACAGAAUUCUAGAUUCCGAAAUGCUACAAAAUCGAGAAAAAGAAGUUAAUCUAAUGGUGGACGCCAUCGAGAAAACUGCUCGUAAGGGCUACAGGUUAACUGAAAAGAUGGCAUCAGAUAUAAUGUACAUAGAAAAAUCUAAUGUGAUUCAAGUUCCUUUCGUAAACGCGUAUGACGCUCAAGUAAUGCGUCUCAAAGAUUACGUUCUCAUUCACAUCAUUGGAGAAGAAGAAGGUUCAAUGUGUGAAUUGCCGAAAGAGUGCAAAUGUCCAGUGCAGUACACAAUUCAAAUAUCACCCCAAAAUUCUAUCAACACCUUUUUCAGCAAAGGAUCGCAAAGAGUUUAUAGUUAUGAUGAUAAAGUAAUGACAGCACAUUUGAUAACCAAUAGCGUCAGUACCGAUUCUAUCUGCAGGAGAGAAUCAACUAAAAACGAACGUUCAACAUUAGCCUGGAGUACUGUGGUUAACCAACAAAAUACCACAGGGGGCAUGUUUUCAGAGGCACUCAAUUUCACCGGAUUUAUCAGUGAUGUAGAAUUUUUCUCUGUUGAUGGAGCUACAUAUGCCAUUAUUGGAAAAUACUACGAUCCAUCAACCAACUCAUACGAUCUAGAUUGUCUGGUUUACAAGUUCAAUGAGGACAGGACAGGAGUUACUGAAAUCCAACGGAUAGAAACCCACGGUGUAUGGAAUUUGAAAAUAUUUUACACACCACAAGGUAUCAACUUAAUCAUAGGAAUGGUUGGAGAUGAAAUUCCAACUCAUAACUAUGAGAAAACACUUUUCAUGAGAUUCAAUCAAGAAGAAGAACAGUUCCAGCUACUCAGGGUGGUUGAAGCUUAUGGAUGUUCAUCAGCUGUUGGCAUUCUUCUGGAUACAGAAAAUUUCAUAGCGCUUACACAUAAAAUACAUCCGGUGUUAAUAUUCAAACAUGAUCCUCAUCAAGAUAACUAUGUUUAUUAUCAAAAUCUCUGGGAUCGAACACCAAUUGGCGGAAUAUCAUUGUUUUAUUCGGGAUAUUAUGGCAAGAGUGAUCCCUACUUAUGUGUUACAUCGAAAAAAGGUGUAUACUCCAUAUACACCUAUGAGUAUAUAGAGGGAUGGCAGAGAAAAUUUUUCAACGAAAUUGAAGGAUUAAGGAAUUUAAUUCCCUUCGAAUUAAAUGACGAAUUAUACCUAUUUGCCCUCUCCUCAAAUAUAAGUUCUGUUUUGACUGUCGUUAAAUAUGGUUCCUGAUUGAAAUCUAUUUUUAUUUAAAGUGUAUUUAUGUACAUUCUUUGUAUUUGUUGUUUAAAAUAUAUGUUACAAAACAU